AUGGCCCUCAGAAAUCAUACCAAGGUGACUGAAUUUAUUUUUUGUGGACUUACCCAGUCUCCAGAGGUGAGCUUACUCUUAUUUUUCUUUUUAUCUAUGGUUUAUGUGAGCACUGUGUUGGCAAAUGUGGCCAUUAUGGUCACCGUGACCUGCGAGCCCUGCCUCCAUACCCCCAUGUACUUCCUGCUCCGGAACCUCUCUGUCUUGGACAUCUGCUUCUCCUCCAUCACGGCUCCCAAGGUCCUCACGGACCUUCUUUCCUGGAAGAAGACCAUCUCCUUCAAUGGUUGCAUCACCCAGAUGUUUUUCUUCCACCUCCUCGGCGGGGCGGACAUCUUUUCUCUCUCUGUCAUGGCAUUUGACCGCUACGUGGCCAUCUCCAGGCCCCUGCACUACGUGACCAUCAUGAGCAGGGGGCGCUGCGCGGCCCUCAUCGCGGCCUCCUGGCUGGGCGGCUUUGUCCACUCCAUCGUGCAGAUUUCCCUCUUGCUCCCUCUCCCCUUCUGCGGGCCCAACGUCCUUGACACUUUCUACUGCGAUGUCCCCCAGGUCCUCAAGCUGGCCUGCACUGACACCUUUGCUCUGGAGAUCCUGAUGAUUUCCAACAAUGGCCUGGUCACUACUUUCUGGUUUUUCCUUCUCCUUGUGUCCUACAUGGUCAUCCUGGCUAUGCUGAGGUCUCACACGGGCGAGGGCAGGAGGAAGGCCAUCUCCACCUGCACCGCCCACAUCACGGUGGUGACCCUGCACUUUGUACCCUGCAUCUACGUCUAUGCCCGGCCCUUCACAGCCCUCCCCAUGGACAAAGCUGUCUCCAUUACCUUCACAGUCAUCAUCCCUGUCCUGAACCCCAUGAUCUACACCCUGAGGAACCAGGAAAUGAAGUCAGCUGUGCAGAGACUGAAGAAAAAACUCAUGCUUCCUCCCAGAGAAUAG